AUGCUGAACUGCCUCCCUUGGAGCAUUCGCUGGCGCCUUCUAGCAUUACAGCCCGUAGUAUUGCUUACAAAUGCAAUUCAAUAUUGGCGUGGUAUACACUCAAAACAUCCCAAGACCACAAUCUGGAUUCCCUUGAGGCGUGCCCCGGGCCACUCUGUUCGCGCUAUUGUAUACCACCCCCUCGAAAAAGCGUCAAAGGAUGGACCGCGAGCUCUCCACCUCAACAUCCACGGCGGCGGGUUCCUUGGAGGUCUCCCCGAAGGCAACACACCGUUCUGUGACCGAAUCGCGGCAGAGACUGGGGCGGUGGUGAUAUCAACAUCUCACCGAUAUUCCCCGCGGUAUACGUUCCCCGUUGCGCACAGGGAUGUCCAAGAUGUAGCUGAAUGGUUAAUUGAAAAUGCGGGGAGACUCUGGGGCGCCGAUCCGAGACUGAUGAGUGUGAGCGGAUUCUCAACUGGAGGGAAUCUGGCCUUGGGCGUUGCGCAAUGGUUGGCCCGAUCGGAGUUUAACGUCAAGGCAGCUGUGAUGUUUUACGCACCCGUCGAUCUGCGACUGUCACCGUGGGAAAAGCCGAAGCCAGCCAAAUAUCCUGAGAAAGAUCCUCUAGCUUUUGUUUUGCCAUUGAUGGACGCAUAUGCCGGUUCAGAGCGAGAGAAGUAUCGGGAUAGCCCAAUACUCCAUCCCAUCCUGGCAGAUAUCGAGUCACUGCCACGGAAUAUGCUGUUUCUUUGUGCGAAGGUCGACAUUCUUCUCCAUGAGCAAACGGUGUUUGUGAAUAGACUGAAAGAUGAAGCUGCGGCCCUUAAUCGCAAGAUCGAGUGCCCACAAGAACCAUCACAAGAUCAUUCGAGCAGUAAGGAAGACAGAGUAUCGCUAGCGUCAGAAUUCGAAUCAGCUGCUCGAAGUCCAUAUAACAUUGAGGCCACGUUCUUCGACGAUCAGAUACAUGGAUGGAUUGAGAGUUUUUAA